AAAAAAAAAAAAAAAAAAAAAAAGAGUAAAGCCCUAACUCUUUCAUCCGUGCUCCCCGCCCUCUCCUCCUCCGUUUCAGAAGCUCAGUGUUGCCGCCGCUGCAGCAGCCUCCUACCUAGCAGUCUUGCCGCUGAUUUUUCUACUGCAUUGUUACCGGUUACAAAAUUGACAGGAACUUGAAGGAUUGUUGCAGUUGCAAAAAGCAUGGCCAAGCAUCAUCCCGAUUUGAUUAUGUGCAGAAAGCAGCCAGGAAUCGCCAUUGGCCGACUUUGUGAGAAGUGCGACGGGAAGUGUGUAAUAUGUGAUUCUUAUGUCCGUCCCUGUACUCUCGUUCGGGUGUGCGAUGAAUGCAAUUACGGGUCUUUCCAAGGGCGGUGUGUGAUCUGUGGAGGAGUAGGAAUUUCAGAUGCCUACUACUGCAAAGAGUGUACACAGCAGGAGAAAGAUAGAGAUGGAUGUCCAAAGAUUGUUAACUUAGGCAGUGCAAAAACUGACUUGUUCUAUGAACGUAAGAAAUAUGGAUUCAAGAAACGGUAAAGUAAAAGCACAAUCAGUUAUCUUCCUCGGAUGGAUCUUUCUGUAAUAUGAUGGAUUUCUGAUUUCUAAUCUCAAACUCCCUUAGACAUGUAUGUAUAUGCUGACGAUUCAGAAUGAGAACAGUAGUUGGGGCUGAGGCCAUUCGUGAGAAUUGGGAACUCGAUUGAUUGUGUAUGUUUUUUAGUACAACAAUUGCAGAGGUAAGGAUUGAACCUUCGACUUUUAGAAUGGUAAUUUAUUCUCGGAUGGGUGAUUGUAUUGAAUUGAUAUUGGUUGAUAGGAA